AUGGAAAACUUCCAGUACAGCAUCCAGCUGAGCGACCGGGACUGGGCCGAGUUCUCAGCCACCAGCGAAGAGUGUGGCCUCCUGCAGGCCGGCCUGGCCUCCGGGGACGAGCUCGUGCCCAGCGACACUGACCAGGGGGACAGCCGUGGCAGCGGUCCUCAAGGGCCCCUGACCCUUCUCCAGGGACAGCAGGCCCCCGGGGGGAGGGGCUGGCCCAGCCUCGAGGAGGAGGACAAGGCAGCUACCCGGCGGCUGGUCAGCAGGUCUUGGCAUGAGCCCAGCUUGGCCGCAGGGGCUGGUCAGCAGACACCCAGCACGUCCACACGGUCAGAAGCUCUGUCGUCCCUCAGCUCUGGUGCCGCUCCUUCCAGCCAGAGCUCAUCUCUCCUAGGGCCCGCGUCUUCCAGAGACGAUAUGCAGAGGCUUCUGCAGGGGCCAGACCCCCAGAGCCCUGCACCUAGCCCCCCUGGUGGGCCUCCUCCGAGCCUCGAGUCCUCUGGCUGCAGGGAUGUCCCCCAGAGACCCCUUGGUAGCCCUGGAGCCCCUCCACGCAGCCUCAGCCGAAAGAAGAGGCGUGCUGCGGGCACCAAGGGGGGUGGGCGCCCAAGUACCCCAGGCUCUGCUCCCGCCCAGCUGGGCUCCCCACUGCUCUCUGAAACCAGACCCGAGGGGGGCCCUGGCCUGGCUGGGUCCGAGGGGAAGGGUCUCUCAGCUGAGACAGAGCAGCAGACAGCAGGAGCCGGGCAGGAUGAACUGGGGCCAGAAUCUGCAGGAGCCUUUGAGCAGGUGACCAGGCAGGAGCCAGGUUUGGAUCUAUCACCACCUGUCCUGACAAUGGGACAAGGGACGGACCCGCUCAGAGUGCCCCUCAGAGCUGAGCUACAUACUGUGUCUAAACCUGCCCAGGAGGCUGGUCCAGAUGUCCUGAUGGCUAAGUCAGAUGUGGCUCUGUCUACACCCGCCUCCAAGCCUAGACUGGAUCUGGACCUCUCUACCCUGGACCUAAUGGUCAAGCCGGAAGUGGACUCACCUACACCUGUCUCAAAGGCUACACCAUGUGCAGCUCCACCUCACCUUGCUCCCAAGGCCCAGACUGACGUGCACGUGCCCGGACCUGCCGCCGACCAGGCUGGGCCUCGUUUGGUGGCGAUGGAUGUUGUGUCAACAGCAGGGCCAGGUUUGAGCCCAGCUGUGUCUCCAGGGGGGCUCCGAGGGAAGCCUACAUCAGGGGUUCCUGGACACCACUUGGGGGAGACCCCUCUGGGCCCUGUCCAAGCCCCCAAAAAGAAAAAAGUGCGAUUCUCCACGGCUGUGCCCAGCCCCCAGGAGCCGGGCUCAGGAGAGGCCCUGGGCCCACCCUCACUAGCCACAGCCCGGCCCUCGGCCCCCAGGACAGCAGCUGGGGCCCGCGGGGGACCUGGAGGCUGGGACGCCAUGGCAGUUGGGCCCCGCAUUCCUCAGCCUCGGAUCCUCAAGCACCUGCCUCCCCCUGCCCCCUCUGCCUCCGGAGGGCCUGGACCCAGGAGCUGCUUUGCAGUGACCCUCCCAGAGGCCUAUGAGUUCUUUUUCUGUGACACUAUUGAGGAGGAGGACGAAGAUGUGGAGGAGGUGUCAGAGGCUGGCCAGGCCCCAGCCGAAGUCCAGUGGCCAGACAUGUGUGAGUUCUUCUUCCAGGACUGCAGAGCCCAGAGGCCGGGACACCGGGGUGGCCUCUCUGCAGUCCCACCCCCACAAGCUGCGCCUGUGCUAGCCCCUCUACCUGGAGACCUGAUGCCCAUCUCCAUCCCUGAGGCCUAUGAACACUUCCUUGGGGAGGACAGGUCAGCGGACAUGCGGGGGCUAGCUGACUUUCUCCAGCUGCGGGCCACGGAGGCCCCCAGGCCAGUCCCCCGGGGAGUGGGACCAGGCACCCUAUCAGAGCCCAGCCCAGGCGCAGCACAGCAGCUCCGUCUGGUGGCCAGGCAAGCAGGGGAGCCUCAGGACCCCCUUGCCGCGUUUACCUUCAACCAGAAUGACAUGUGCCUGAUGUUUGUGGCCUUUGCCACUUGGGCUGUGAGAACCUCAGAUCUGCAUACCCCAGACGCCUGGAAAACAGUGCUGCUGGCCAACGUCGGCACCGUCUCCGCCAUCCACUACUUCCGCCGGCAGGCAGGGCAGGGGCGCUGAAGCCACAGCCCCAGCUCCUAGGACCCAGGCUUGGACCAGGACGGCACGGGACAAGGAAAUGGCCACA